AUUAAAGAUGGCAGCUUCCUAUGUUAGUCUGGGAUGGUAUUAUAUCCGUUGUGCAGCUUCUAGGAAGGUUUGCAAAUGGCAAUUCCUGGUGUUGCAGCCUGGCUGUAGGUUCUACGGUUACAGUAGGGGUUUUCAGAAGAAACAGACAGAGGGGUUCAAAGUUGGCAACACUGCGCGGAGCUUUGCAUUUGUAUUGGGUGGAACCCUGGGGCUGUACCAGACGAUCAAGCAUUAUGUACAGCAGCAUCGCGCCCAACAACAGUUCGCAAAGUUGCAGGAUUCCAGUACUGGUCUGUCUCUAACUUUGUAUCAGUAUAAGACCUGCCCAUUCUGCAGUAAAGUCCGUGCAUUCCUUGACUUUCACUCGCUGCCUUAUGAAAUUGUGGAGGUAAACCCAAUCUUGCGGAAAGAGAUAAAAUUUUCCAGCUACCGAAAAGUUCCAAUUUUGAUUGGGGAGAAUGGAGAGAAAGUGCAAAUCAACGAUUCCUCAGUUAUUAUCAGUGCUAUAAAGACCUAUUUAUUGUCCAGGGACAAAAACCUAAGUAAGGUGAUAUCAUACUACCCAGAGAUGAAAUCAAAAGAUAAGAAGGGAAAGGAAAUUACUGAAUAUAACAACAAGUACUGGGUGAUGCUGGAGGACCAGGAUGAAUGGCAAUACUAUCCCAAUAAGGAGGCGAGGAAGGAAGAAAUGAAAUGGCGCAAGUGGGUGGAUGACUGGCUGGUUCACCUCAUUUCACCCAAUGUCUACCGCACUCCUGGAGAAGCCCUAGAAUCUUUUGAUUACAUUGUGCGGGAGGGGAAAUUUGGUGUGUUUGAAGGAUUUUUUGCAAAGUAUGUUGGAGCAGCUGCCAUGUUUUUUGUCAGCAAGAGGCUCAAGUCAAGACACAACCUUCAUGAUGACGUGCGGCAAGACCUGUACAAAGCAGUCGAUCAAUGGGUGGCUGCUGUGGGCAAGCACAGGCCGUUUAUGGGUGGAAAUAUGCCUAAUCUCGCUGACUUGGCUGUCUAUGGAGUUCUCCGGGUAAUGGAAGGUCUGGAGGCAUUCAAUGACAUUAUGGCAAACACCAAGAUCAAGCCAUGGUAUCAAAGAAUGGAGGAAAAUAUCCGGAAGGGACAGGAAGUUGAGCGAUAAAUUGCUGCCAGGGGAAAUGCAUUAAACAUUUCCAUCAAUGAUUUUGAACGGACAACAGGAUAUAUCUGCAGAAAAGAAUUGAGUUUUGUUUAAUAGUUCCAUCACGCAACACUCAUCCUUUGUUAACAGUAGUUGGUGCAAUGCUACAUUCUUAGCUUAAAUCUGGUAUGAACCAAAUAUCAGGGCAAGCCUGAUACUAAAAUAAAGUUGGUGAAUGUAGUCUCGUGCUGCUCUACUCCAAAUUCUGUUCAGGUUUUAUUGUGUUUAUUCUGCUUAACAUUGAUCAGAGGGGAAAACUGUUUUGUCCUAAUGCUAAGAGUGUAAAAGCAUCCAGGAAGACAUUUAUUUAAAAAAACAAAUUGCCUAAUAGAAUAAAACCAUAGCUUUAAAAAUCAUGGUAUUCAUAAAUUAAGCAGUCUGAUGAUUGCGAGCAUUGAAAUAAAAAAAAACAAAAAUAAAAUGGACAACUGAAUUUCACUGAUAACAUACAGCAAAUGCAGUGCAUCUGUAGAGAAAACAGACAAAUUAAUGUUUCUGCUGUGAUACUUGAACUGGUAAAAGUGAUCAGCUUUUAAAUAGCAAAAAGGAACCCAAAAAAAACACACAUCAAAUUAUUGGUAGGAAGACUGUUAUGUGCAUAUGUUGCCUCUUUCCCUGCCCUUUGUUUCACUUGAGUGCUAUUUAUUUUCUUUCCUGAAAAAUUAACUACCUGAGAGUGGGAGAGUAUUCCCCAAGGACCUAUCCCUUAUUCCUGCAACAAUAUAACUAGAUCAUCUGAUCAUCAUGUUAUGUGGAAUUUUUUAUUUUGCAAUUGGCUGCCAUGUUUUCUACAUUACAAUUGCUCCUGUCCAUCACAAUGCUCAUAUUAACUAUUUUUACUCAGGAAAUUGGACAAUGCUCGGACCUGUUUAAUAUCAUUUGGUUUCGUAACCAAAUGACUUUCUAAAAUCAUUGAGGAUAACUGUGCUUAAUGUUGGAGGAUUCCAGUCACUUCUGGAUAAUGAGAUCAUGAGAGACUGGAUUGGGCAGGGAUUUUUUUUUUACCCUGAAUUGUAGGAGACUGAGGGGUGCUUACAGAGGUAUAUAAAAUCACAAGGACCAUAGAUGGGAUGAAUGGUCACAGUCUUUUUCCCAAGGUAGGGGAUCCUAAAUCUAGAGGGCAUAGAUUUAAGAUGAGGGGGAAAGAUUUAAAGGGGACCUGAGGGGCAACUUUUUCAAAGGGUGGUGGGUAUGUGGAACAGGCUGUCAGAGGAAGUGGUAGAUGUGGGUAAAAGACAUUUGGACAGGUACGUGGAUAGGAAAGGUUCAGAGGGAUGUGGGCCAAAUGCAGCUAAAUGGGACUGGCUCAAGUUGGCAACUUGGUUGGCAUAGAGGAGUUGUGCCAAAGGGUCUGUUUCUGUGCUAUAUAUGACUCUAUCCUCAAAGUGUUUCAUUGGCUCUAAAAUGAUUUGGUAUGGCUCAAGGUCAUAAAAGGUGCUGUAUAAAUGCAUGUUCUCUCUCCUGUUUUUACAUUGUAUCAAUUACCUUUAGUGCUAUGGAAAAUACAGAUAUCUUGAUACAUGAUUUCCCUUUGAGAUGCACCUUGAUUCAUGAUUUUCCAUCCUGGAUUAAUUGGAGGAAAACUCAGUGCUCUGUAGAUUGAUUGUGGCUUAGUAGUCCAGGCUGCACCAGGUGAAGUUAUCAAAGUUGGAAAAGCCAGUAGGAAAUGACAGCCCUCAAGAUGCUUGAACUUUUGGUAAAGUGUGAUGGACAGGUACCAACUGCAAGACCAGUUGAUUUCCAUCUUAUUGGAAUGAGAGUGAUUUGGUAUAUUACCUUGGAAGUGUAAUUCAUCCAGUAUAUAGUUUGUGAUACCUAUCCUCUCCUAUGAUUUUUCCCUUGUUUCUGUUUCUCCCUAUGCUUAACUACUAUUCAGUUGCAUUUUGUUGGUUCAACAAAACUCAAUUUCCCUGAAGUCAGUUUAUCUUGAGAAAGCGGAUGUAUCGGAAUCUUCUUGUAUACUUGAUGCAUUUUCUUUUGGUGCUUUUUUCCCCCAAGAGUGGGUGAGGUGGAGUCUCUUCAAACAUUGAUGGGAUCUUGAGGUGAAGGGGAAACCUUUGCUGCAGUUGUAGAUGGAUGAUGCAAGUAUUAUUUAA